AUGUCCUUCCGUCCAACGCUCCUAUCCAGAUGGAUCUCGCGGCCAAGCCAGAUUCUCUACAAGACAACCUUCAAUAACAUCACAUCGCGCACAUCGCGGUCCAUCUUGGCGCAAACGCAGGCGCAAGCUUUCCGACGGACCCUCACAACAGGACCACAGGCACGGUUCAGACGACCUACCUCCAGCUCGCUGCUGCCAAAGCAACGCCUCAAUCGCCGCUAUAACUCUAGCUCCAGCAAUGGACAGGCCGGACGCACCGAGAAAGCCUCCCUCUCGGAGCGACUGAAGAAGCUGUCCCGGGAGUAUGGGUGGGCAGCAUUAGGCGUGUACCUUGCGCUUUCAGCCCUUGAUUUCCCAUUCUGUUUUGCAGCAGUACGACUGCUAGGUGUUGAGCGCAUUGGGCACUAUGAACAUGUGGUCGUUGGGUACGUGAAGGAUAAGUUCAAGGCUAUUUGGCCGACGACCGAAGAAGGGUCGGAUGGACAGGGCAAGCUGGUGGAGGCCGAAGAAAGGAACAAAGACGAAGCGAGUAUCUGGACUCAGUUGGUGUUUGCGUAUGCAAUCCACAAGAGCUUCAUUUUCAUUCGAGUCCCCUUGACGGCAGCGAUCCUGCCCAAGGUUGUCAAGACACUACGAGGAUGGGGAUGGAACAUUGGCAAGAGGAAGCCCAAGAGCACAUGA